UUUAUUUUGAAAGCGCACUUCCGGUAGGAUAAACAGACAAAGCUUCAUACGGUAGCUCCAGAGAAAGGUCAGAAGAGAUCUUGAGACCAGUAACAAGACAUGGGUCUAGCAGGGACAACUGCCGCCAUUGUGGGAGGUGCAGUGGUUGCUACGGUCGGGGCUCCUGUUGUUCUGGGAGCCAUAGGUUUCACCUCAGGAGGAAUAGCAGCAGGCUCAUAUGCAGCCAGCAUGAUGUCGUCAGCUGCAGUUGCUAACGGAGGAGGAGUGGCAGCAGGAAGUCUGGUGGCUACUCUGCAGGCGGCAGGUGCAGCUGGUCUGUCAGGAGCUGCCACUGCAGCUGUGGCCGGCACUGGAGCAGCAGUGGGAUGGCUCACAAGCUUCUUCCGCUGAAAAUCAUGAUGGCUCAAGAUGCAUUUCCAGUAUUUUUACUUUUGCCAAAUGAAGAUUUCUGCAAAUCACAUCUGAUAAUUUACCAAAUGGCACUUUUGAUUUCAGACAACUGAAAGGUGUUGUGCAAUAAAUGUGUUAAUUGUAAAAAAAAAAA